AAAACACUUUGAAGGCAAUGGCGAACAAUGAAACCUUCGUGCAGCUUUCUCGUCCUUCUGAUCUCCGCCGCGUUUGUGUAUGAUGCUACACUGGCCGGAUUGUUCUCAAUGGGAAAGAAAAAGGCUCCAAGCAAGUGCCUCAAGCCACCAUACCUUGGAAGAUGUAACCGAACGAUUAACGCUUGGUACUUUGACCCUACAAAAGGCUGGUGCAAAAUGUUUACCUAUGGACCAUGUGGAGGUGGCGCCAACAACUUCCGGUAUGAACUAGAGUGCCUGAGGCACUGUCAACAAAAACGACAUCCGAAGAUCCUGUGCAGCCUGCCGCCUAAUGGGAGGCAAUGCUGGGGAAGCUCACGGCACUGGUAUUUCGAUACCAUGACAAACACUUGCAAAAUGUUUCAGCGGAAACUUUGUGCCGAGAAUGCUAACGGCUUCUCAAGUUGCGAAAAAUGUCUGUACAGAUGCAGCAGUAAAAAAGCCAGUGAUGCAUGCGUAAGCAGUUCAGUGGAAGGACCGAGCCGUGUGUGGAUGCCGCCACAGCAAAGUCAACAGGCCCCAGGAAUAACAAAUCAGCUGCCGAAUUCCCCUCCUUAUCUAGGACACCCAGGAGCACCCAUACAGGGGCAGGGUAGCAGAUAUCCCCCCGAAAUGGGAGCAGGUAAUGGAAUACCAACUUUCCCUGCCCACCAGGGACGCCCAGAAGCCACUGGUGGGUGGCGCGGCCAGCCAUACCCACCACAGGCAGGAAUAACAUACAGAAAUCCAUCUUCGCCCCCUUACCAAGGACCGUACUCUGCAUAUGGAGGAUGGCAAGGUCCGCCAAGCCCACAGGACCGAGGAAUAAGCGGAUCACCAACUUCGCCCGCUAAUCAAGGACCCUCCUCUACACCUGGAGCAUGGAAUGGUCCACCAAGCCCACAGUAUGGAGGAAUAACUGGACCAUCAACUGGACGCUCCAUAACACCUUACAGAUGGCCCUCUCAACCGUACCCACCGAGCAGCCCUGUAAACAAUAUAAAGCCAGUGUCUCCUGCUUCUAACAACGGAAGAAAUGAAGUCUAUAAUACAAGCAUGUAUGCUGCCCUUACGCCAUUGUGACCUAUGCUUAACCUGCGAUAGAGUUUUUCACCAAAAUCCCCUAGUAAUGAGAAUUAAA